UUUCUUAUAUCCUAUAUCCCUUUACUGGCCAGAGAUUCUAAUAGACUUCCCUUUUCUCAUUUCUAAGUUCAUGUCCUAGUCGACGUUUCUAUAUAUACGGAAGACACGGAAGAUAUACCAAACGAAGCGAAAUAGCGCCUAAACAUGGAUGCCAUAAUCGAUCUCAAGGAUGCCUCCAAGGCCCUGGACCUAUCCAACAUUCGCUACCAGCUAAUUCGGCUAGAAGAUACCAUUACCUUCCACUUAAUCGAGCGAGUCCAGUUCCCACUAAACAAGACCGUUUACACCCCGGGCGCAAUAGAAAUCGGCCAGGACAAGACUCUUAGUUUUAUGGAUUGGUACUUGCAAGAGCAAGAGAAGCUACAGUCUUUGAUCCGACGCUACGAAGCUCCUGACGAGUACCCGUUCUUCCCCGGAGCCCUGCAGAAACCCAUCCUGAAGCCCCUCGAAUACCCCAAGAUUCUCCACCCCAACAACGUCAAUGUCAACGAGCAGAUCAAGAAAUUCUACAUCGAAAAGUUCUUACCUGCUGUGUGCCCAGACUUUGGCCCGGAUCGUGGCGUGUCGGACGAGAACUACGGAUCUUCGGCUACUUGCGACAUCGCAUGUCUCCAGGCCAUAUCACGAAGGAUACACUUUGGCAAGUUCGUGGCCGAGUCCAAGUUCCAAUCGGACCCGGAGACCUACACCCACAUGAUCAAGGCAGGCGACCGAGACGGAAUCGGUGAAUCCAUUACCAAUGCCGCGGUCGAGAAGCAGGUGCUAGCACGGUUGGCGUUGAAGGCGCGCACCUAUGGCACAGACCCAUCUACGAACGGCUCGGAUAGCGCCGGCAAAAUUAACGUCGAGGCUGUAGUCUCCAUGUACAGAGACUUUGUUAUUCCGUUAACCAAGGAAGUGGAAGUCGACUACCUCAUGCAACGGCUAGAAUAAAGGGGUGAAACUCAUGGGACAUGGGAUUAGAGGCAUCGGAAUGGUAAGACGGAAGAAAAAGGAAAA